AUGGCUAUGGACUUGAGGGUGGGAAACAAAUAUCGGAUAGGAAGAAAGAUCGGCUCUGGUUCUUUUGGAGAUAUUUAUCUCGGUACAAACAUUAUUAAUGGAGAAGAAGUUGCUAUCAAACUUGAAUCUACAAAAGCUAAACAUCCACAAUUAGAGUAUGAAGCAAAAGUUUAUAAAACACUGGCCGGUGGUGUGGGUAUUCCGUUCGUCCGCUGGUACGGUACUGAAUGCGAUUAUAACGCAAUGUACAUUCCCUCUAAAAACUUUAAUCAUCGAGAUAUUAAACCCGAUAACUUUUUGAUGGGAAUUGGUAAACGUGGUAAUCAAGUCAAUGUUAUCCAUUUCCGUUUAGCAAAAAAAUAUCGCGACCCAAAGACACACUUACACAUACCUUACAGAGAAAAUAAGAAUUUAACAG